UUUCAUUAUUUUCAGUGUUGUGAUUCUAAAUAUAAUUUAAAUCUCCACACCAUUGCUAUGAUAGACGAACGAGCUGGAAAUGCCGCGCAAAAAACCCUUUAGUAACAAGCAGAAAAAGAAACAACUGCAGGAAAAAAGAGAAAAAAAUCGUUUGAAAAAUCUAGAUGAAGGGAGCAAAUCUUCAAACGGGAAUUCAGCUGACACAGAAGGCGAUGAAGAGUCCGAGAUUGGAGGGCUCGAAAAAUCUUUGGACGAAAGGAGAGCAGCUGUCGAUAAAUUACAUCAUCAGCCCCUCACCCAUCGGCAGGAGAAAAACCGAAAACACGAUCCAAACAGAUAUCGCUUGCAGUUUGAUCGUGAAUCAAAGGCUGAAAUUGAAGCUAGGAAAAAGGCUGCUCAAGAACCACUAGAGUACGUCACUGAGGAAAGUCUUGAGGUGAGCCUUGAAAGUACCUACAAUCCUGGAUCAGUACUGGACAUGCCUAAAAGGCCCCCUUGGAAAUAUAGCAUGAGCAAGGAACAAGUAGAACAAGCAGAGCAAGAAAAGUUUGAAAAUUUCUUGGACAAGAUUUAUGAUGAAUACAAGCACUCAGAACUCAGUUACUUUGAGCGAAACUUGGAGACGUGGAGACAGCUGUGGCGAGUUUUAGAAGUCUCUGAUAUUGUUGUUCUUAUAUCAGACAUUCGACAUCCAGUACUUCAUUUCCCUCCAACUGUCUACAAUCAUGUUGUGCAAGACUUAAAGAAAGAUUUAGUGUUGGUUUUAAAUAAGAUAGAUCUUGUUCCUCCAGAAGUAGUAACAGCCUGGAAGCAUUACUUCACAUCCAAGUUUGAAAAGCUCAGGGUUGUAUGCUUUACAUCCUUCCCUAAAGAUGAAAAUGAACGUAAUAAAGACCCAAGUAAAGUUUUAUCCAAGCGCCGUCGCCGCAAGAGAUGUUUCUUUCCUGUUGGACCAAGGGCUCUUCUUGAAGCUUGUGAGAACUUACGUGGAGACAAAGUUGACUUUAGCAACUGGGCCAGAAAACUCAGUCAGCAAGAAAAAGGAGAAGAAGAGGGCAUCAUUUAUGAUGACUAUGGUAGCUCUGAGGAGUCUGAAGAAGAGGAAGGUAGUAGUUUUGAAGACGUCGAGCAUAACGAAGAUAUACUAACGUUGGGUCUCGUAGGUCACCCAAAUGUUGGAAAGUCCUCCCUUCUUAAUGGUCUCAUCGGACACAAGGUUGUGAGCACCUCUCGUACGCCUGGCCACACCAAACAUUUUCAGACUAUAUUUCUUACGCCCAACGUGAGACUCUGUGACUGCCCCGGAUUGGUGUUUCCUUCUGUCGUUGGUAAACAGCUUCAGAUCUUAUCAGGAAUGUAUCCUAUUUCACAAGUUCAGGAACCAUACACCUCUGUGGGGUAUUUAGCUGCCAGAGUACCCCUGGUUGAUCUACUACAGCUGGUCCACCCCGAAAAUAGAGCUGAUUCUGAUGGAGAGGGAGGGGUGGGAGAGGAAAACCAUCCUUGGUCAGCAUGGGAUGUUUGUGACGCCUGGGCUCAUAAGAGAAGUUUUCUAACAGCAAAAGCAGGCCGCCCCGAUGUAUAUCGAGCAGCCAACAGUCUUUUGAGACUGGCUGUGGAUGGCAAGAUUGUUAUGUGUGUAUAUCCACCAGGCUUCAUAAACAAAAGAGAUGAAUGGCAGCAACAUCCUGAAACGGAAGAGAUUGCCCUUCUACAAGACAGACACUCAGAAAGCAAACGACUGCGACUUCAGGAAAACGAGGUGGACGAGCUGUCAUUGCAUCUGCUUGCCCCUCCGGGCUGGAGCAAGAGAGAUGAGAGACCGAGUAGUGAUGGCGAUGACGAACAGGAGGGGGAGGAAAGCGAAGUCAUGUCCUCAAACCCGUUUGCACUUCUGUCAGACGAGUGAAGUAUAUAACGAAGGAAUUCGUGCCACCGCUGUUACGAAGUGUCAAUUGAUUGCGCCCUCGAGAAGUGACGCGAGAUGAUUUGCAGUGGAGCACAUUACACUCAAUUCAUAAAUCCGCUUUUAGCUUGUUCGUCGCUUGACGCCGCUUGAUGAUGAAAGAAACAUCUCAGAAUAUGGGAAAGAGACAAAAGGGAUGUCUAAUUCUCUAAACUGAAAAAAUUACCAAAAAAUGUAACAUGAAUCACUCAUCAUUUGUGAACAGCGGUUUGUGGGAUAACUUUCGGAAUCACUUAACGCAUUUUAUUGGUUAUCUUUACCGGGGAAAAAUUCUCGCCAGGUUGUUGCAUUUGCGUAAAAAAAUACCAAAGCUCUCGCACAGUAUUUUUUCUUUUACCUCAAUGGGGCUGAAAUAA